AUGGCAUCGUCUCCUGGAAACAACCGUUUGAAAUCGUGCCAGAUUUUCCGAAAGGACACCAAGAAAACACCCGUUCUGACAAAGGAACCUUCCUUGUCCAACGAUAGUCAAAAUCCAUGUACGUGUUCCACAGACUCCAAUAAUGGCCAAAGACGAAGUAUCAAUAAUAAGAAAAAAUCGCUCAAGAAUUCGGAAUCACUUCCUUGCGCUGUCACGUGGGAUGGUUCCAAAUCCAUGGCCAGCACUGUGAUAUGCGUUGAUGAUAAUUCAACGUUAAAUAAUAUAAAUUCAAGGCCUAGGACCGCACUUUUGAAUGUGACUUUGGAAAGAUCGCAUUCUCAAAAUGACAGGGCAAAUCAGCGUAUCAGGACGCAGCAGAACAGGUCUAGGGAUUCUUCGAGGCAUGGGCGGAUAAUUAGGCUCGAACAGAAGGCUACAAAGGUUUUGGGAGUAGUCUUCUUUACAUUUGUGGUUCUAUGGGCUCCAUUCUUCGUAUUGAAUCUACUGCCUUCAGUUUGCGAGAGUUGCGAAAAAGACGUUAGUGGUUGGGUCUUCGAAUUUGUCACAUGGCUUGGCUACGCCAGUUCCAUGGUCAACCCUAUUUUCUAUACAAUUUUCAAUAAAGUCUUUAGGCAAGCAUUCAAAAAGGUUUUAUUAUGCCGAUACAGGAGCUCAAAGUGGAGACCUCAUAGGUAG